UGCACCCAGCUUCGGCCGGCGCUCCGCCUGGGCUCAGUCUGGACCUGGCUGUGCACGCGAUGGCGGGCUUAGCUCUGAGGGUCGCCGGGCGGCAGCUGAGCCAGCGCGGUGGAUCUGGAGCACCCAUCCUGCUGCGGCAGAUGUUUGAGCCCGAGAGCUGCACCUACACGUACCUGCUAGGAGACAGAGAGUCCCGAGAGGCCAUUCUCAUCGACCCGGUUCUGGAGACGGCGCCUCGCGAUGCGCAGCUGGUCAGGGAGCUGGGGCUGCGGCUGCUGUACGCCGUGAAUACCCACUGCCACGCGGACCACGUUAACGGCUCCGGGGGCGCCCCCCCGCCCCUUUCCCUGCUCCGCCCGCUCUCCCCCGCCUGCCAGUCUGUGAUCUCGCGCCUUAGUGGGGCCCAGGCCGACUUGCACAUCGACGAGGGAGACUCCAUCCGCUUCGGGCGCUUCGCCUUGGAGACCCGGGCCAGCCCUGGCCAUACCCCAGGCUGUGUCACCUUUGUCCUAAAUGACCACAGUAUGGCCUUCACUGGAGAUGCCCUCCUGAUCCGAGGAUGUGGACGAACAGAUUUCCAGCAAGGCUGUGCUAAGACUUUGUACCACUCGGUCCAUGAAAAGAUCUUCACACUUCCCAGCGACUGUCUGAUCUACCCUGCCCACGAUUACCACGGGCUCACAGUGUCCACGGUGGAGGAAGAGCCGACUCUGAACCCCCGGCUCACCCUCAGCUGUGAGGAGUUCGUCAAGGUCAUGGACAACUUGAACUUGCCCAAACCUAAGCAGAUCGACAUCGCUGUUCCAGCCAACAUGCGCUGUGGGGUCCAGAGCCCCCCUUCCUGACCUCGCUCACCUCUGCCAGGUGCUCACAUCCGUUAAGAAUGCACUAGGUGGGGGAGGAGAGAGGUGUCGCACCUGUCCCCCUUCCCACCCUCACCACCCGUUAGCCCCUGGAGCCUCUCAAUAAAACGUUUUCUUUUUUGCCAUGAA